GUUCGUUUACUUUAACCUCUUAUUCAUUGUAAUGGUUUUCCUCAAAUCUUUAACAUACUCUGCGCUCAGUCUUUUGAUUGCUUUGAACGCAAUCCAAGCCAAACCUACUACUAAAGCAAGAGCACUUGUAAAAAGAAGUUCAAAAUUGCAUGGCAAAUUUCUUCAUAUAACAGAUAUUCACUUUGAUCCCCAUUACAAGGCUGGAUCGGAUCCUGAUAGUUAUUGCCAUAAACACAGUAGCAAGCGUGGAGAGAAGGCAGGCACAUUUGGAGCCUUGGGCAGCGACUGUGAUACUCCUGCGGCUUUGCUUGAUGCAACAUUCAGUUUUUUGAAAAAUGAAAUCGAUGAUAUAGAUUUCAUCAUUUACACUGGUGACAGUGUCAGACAUAAUCGCGAUGAUGAAAUGAAAAAAAGCGAUGAUGAAAUUGUUGACAUUCAUAAGAGUGUUUUGAAAUAUUUUCAGAGUGCCUACGACACCAAAAAGGUGCCUUUUAUUCCUACUAUUGGUAACAAUGACGGUUUCAAUCACAACGAUUUCGUUAAAAAAGAUAGUAUUUAUGGCAAACUAGCCUCAGUUUGGUCAGGCCUCAAUCUGAACUUGGACACAAAUUUCAAAGUAGGUGGCUAUUUUGCGCAAGAACUCAUCAAAAAUAAGCUCAGUGUGAUCAACUUGAACAGCAUGUACUUUUUCCACAAAAACGACGAAGUGGACGACUGUGACAGCAGUUCCAGCCCUGGUGCAAUUCAAUUACGAUGGUUCGAGCGUAUGCUGAAGCAGUAUUCAAAGAAGAAGGGUCAUUCAGUCUACGUUAUGGGUCAUAUACCACCAGCAGACGAUGAAGGCGAAAAAUUGUACAAGGACGCUUGCUACUCAAAGUAUAUUAAUUUGCUUGGUAAAUACGGUAACACCAUCGUAGGACAUUUCACUGGUCAUACCAACAAUGAUAAUUUGCUCGCUGUGGUACCUGAGGGCAAGAGUAGUAGCAGUUAUACCGUUGUCAGAGCUGAUGGCGAUGAUCUUGAUGACGAUUUCUUGAAAAAAGCCUCUGUUGGUCUGUUCAGUGCUCCUUCUAUCAUUCCUGCCAAUAACCCUGCAUUCCGUGUUUACAAUUAUGACACAAGCGGCAAACAAUUCAAUGUCGGCACCAUUCUUGACUGGGACCAAUACUAUGUCGAUUUAGAAAAGGCUAAUGAUAAGGGCAAGGUACAAUUCGAGAUCGAAUACUCUGCUUCUGAUCUUUAUCACACCGAUCAUUUCAACGGCGAUGGCGUCGGUGAAGCUUUUAUGUCUCUUUGUGAUGAUGAUGACGCUCGUGAUCUCUACAGUGAGUUUGUUGAUGUUAAGGGUGCCCACUCCUAAAGAAUUGAUCUAUGUUCAAUUUUCUAUUAGUCUUGUAUCAUCUGUAAUUAUUUAUUUACUGCCAAACAUAUUCCCCAUUUUUGUAUAGUCUUACUUUAUUCAUCUGCCCAACAUUCAAAGCUUAAGUUUGUACAGGCCGGUCCUAUACCUAACUUAAUCUUGUGCGGGCUUAUGACCUUGGCAAAAAAACCCAAAAAAAAAAAGCUUCUUAUUUCUUGCUAUGAUACUUGUACUAUCAAUCUAGCUUGUCCCCCUUUGAUCACC